GAAAAUAUCCUAUGUGUAGUAGCUACAUAGAAAGGCUUCGGCAACUGGGAACAGAGUUCCGACUUUUUAGGGCCCGGUUUAAUGUGAGCCGCACCGGUUUGCUGGACUCACAAUUUUUUUUUAAAGGUUUUUCCGGUUUAUUUUAAAUAUUUUUUGCCGCCAACCUGCAGUAAAUUGAGGUGUUCUUUUGUAUAUUUAUAUAUAUUCACCCCUACUCUGUAAGACGUCGUCGACAGCUAACGCCGACGCCUUGUGUCGCCGUGUUAAUUUUGGCACCCCUGAAGUCGUGUCGACAGCAGAUGACGAGUACUUGGUACUCGCUAAGGCGUUUAUACAACCAUGUUGAGUCGACUCGACUUACUUUUGGGCGUUACGGUUUUUCUGCACGCCUUGUGACGCCUUGAUACAAACAACUGUGUUUUUAUUGAUUUGUAAGUUGGUGAAAAAAAAGAAAAUGGAGAAAAAAUUAAAAAUUACAAAUGGAACGCAAUUUGAUUGCUUAAUAAAAGAACUUGAGAAAAACCCAAGCCUUGCGAAAGGGUUCAGCAGAGGCUCUAUUCCAUCCAAUUUUAAAAAAAAUUGGGAGGAUAUUACAACAAAACUGAAUGCUUUUGGUCCUCCGGCAAGAGACAGUGAUGGUUGGCAGAAGGUUUGGAGAGAUCUAAAAUUCAAAUGUAAAAAGAAAGUAGCCUUCAACAAGGCAGAAUGCAAUGCAACAGGUGGAGGCAGAUACAAGCAGCUGCAACUUUCCCCGUUGGAAGAGGCAGUUGCGAGUAUAAUGAAAUUUGAAAGCCAAUUAACUCCUGAUGGCUACGUGUGUGGCGCCAAAAAAGACCAGGGAUUUUCUGUGGUACAGGGUGAGGAGGAGAUUCGCUCAACACCAGCGUCUACACUUCGGUCUUCAAAUGUUGAAGCCGAAGAAUACUUUCCCACAGAUGAGACAUUCACCCACCAUCAGCCUGGCAACAUAAGUGCAUGUGAGGGAGAUUGGUUGGUCGAGCGCGUUGAAGAUGAAGAAAACAUCUGCCCGCCGGAGUCAUCUAGUGCUGUAACUCAAAAAAAGAAUCAAAGAAAGCAGAAAGAUAAUAGGAAAAGCAGAGAAACUUUACUUGAACUGCAUAACAAUAUGCAAGAAAAGGUGUUGAAUGAGAUUUCCCGCACCAUGAACUCAAUCAAAAACACGUUAAAAGACACCAAAAAAAUUCAGGAAGAGGAGUUAAAAUUACUAAAAAGACAAAAUGAAAACGAAAAGGAAAUAAUUAAAAUUAAGAAAGAGAAAUUGGAAUUGUUAAGAAGAAAACAUGAAAGAGAGGAAGAGUUGUUCCAAAACGAAGUGGAAAUAAAGAAAAUUGCGCUGGAAAUCAAAAAGAGGAAGUUGCAAAAGCUGAAUGAAUCUGACCAAUGAAGCCAAAAAUUGUGAUAGCUGCGCUUUACAU